AUGUCAUCUCCCUUGAAAAUUCAUAUAUUAGGAGUAGGAUCCAUUGGAUCUUUAGUUGCGCAUGAUUUGAAACGCGCUUUUCCGUCUUUGGUUACCCCAAUUUUAUUACUACGUCCUGAUUCCCUUGCUAAUCCAUCACCUCAGCAUCAGAUUCAUUUAACUAGAAUUAAGAAUAAUCAAUUAAUUACCAGUAAUAUUGAAACACCGUCUGCUAAACCACCUAAUGUCAAAGAAACAAUUGAAAACUUGAUUAUAUCGACCAAAACAGGACAUACCAUAGAAGCCCUUCGACCAUAUGUUCCACAAAUCAAACCAAGCACUAAUAUUUUGAUAUUACAAAAUGGAAUGGGUAUGAGUAGGACAUUACUUGAUAAAUUUUGGUCAUCAAGUAUUUCCAGGCCAAAUAUAUUUGAAGGUAGUACAACCCAUGGCGCAUAUAUUCAAGAUGGAAUUGUUCAACAUGUUGCCUCGGGAACUAUUUCUCUUUCUGAAUUUCCUGGAAAUAAUCCACAUCAUCCAGAACGUUUUCUUUCGAUAUUGGAAUUACCAGAUAUGAUUAAAUAUAUUCUUGAUGCUCCGGAAUUAAAUGCAAGUUUUCAUGAGUAUAAUAAGUUCCUUUUAAUUCAGGUAGAAAAGUUGAUUGUUAACUGCUGUAUUAACGCAUUAACAGCUUUGUUUGAUUGUAAGAAUGGAGAAUUAUUAUAUUCUAAUGAUAUUCUGUUUCUUUGGAAGAAAAUCAUCAAUGAAGCAAAACUUGUUCUUGUACAAGAGUAUAGCAUGUUGAAUGAUGUUGAAGAAGCAAAACAAUUUUUAGACACAGAUCGUCUUCUAAAUAAAGUUAUUGGUGUAGCUGAUCUUACCAAGGCAAAUAGUUCUUCCAUGAGACAAGAUAUUAGAAAUUUAAGAAUAACAGAAAUUGAAAAUCUUAAUGGGUUUAUUGGUCUUUUAGGUCGUAAACAUAAUCUUGGAGUUCCGCUUAAUGUCACUUUGACAAGUUUAAUAAGAAGCAAGUUGGCAAUUGAGAGAGGUAUAGAUCAAGUUGCUGCCGCUGAACUAUUAAUGGAACAGUAA